AUGAUGGCGCAUGUCCCUCACCCGGCCCUGACGCAGUGGCCUCAGCUCGUCCAGCAAGGAAGGAUGAUCCCGAACCUGUUUGCCUCUUGCUCAGUCAGGGUUGUCAAUCUGCCGCAGGAUGCCACCGAGAGCUGGAUCCGCAUGCUCUUUUGCCCCAUCGGUCGAGUGAUGUCGGUGACACGGCAGGAUGCCGAUGGCGGCGCCGCGGCCACCGUCAGGUUCGCCACGCCCCAGCAAGCCGAUGCCGCCUUCCGCUUCAAUGGCUACAUGGCCAACGGCAAGUGCCUGCACAUCCUGCCCGUCACGAGUCCGGCAGAGAUCGCCGCAGCUCCGCCGGGUCUCGGACGGGGAUCCAGCCCUGGUGCAGGGGAAGUGACGCCGCCGAUCCCCAAGCCGCGCUCCGCUGCUUCUUCGGGUCGAGCACGCGCUGCAGAUACCGGCCCGACCCACAAGAACCUGUACAUCCUCAACCUCCCGCUCGACGUCACCACCGAUCAGCUGGCGGGCCUCUUUGGCAGAUACGGCACCGUGAUCCACUGCGUGAUCCUGGCCAUGCUCGACGCCCAGGCGCGCCGCCGCGGCUUCAUCGACAUGUCGCAGCCAUCGGAAGCGCGCGAGGCGAUCGAGGGUCUCAACGGAUUCGUGUGGCAUGGCUACCCGAUCGAGGUGUCGUAUGCGAUUGUCCAGAGGAGCGGCGGACCCUUUGAUCCGGCGAGCGCGGGCCGCAAUGUCAUCAAGCGUAACGUGCCCCGCAACCGCUUCAACACUGGCCCUCGCCGCGUCCCCAGCGAUUCUUCGCUGCCCGGGACCCCGGGCGCCACGGUCGGACUCGACUUCAGCGGCCUCGCGGCUGGCUUCUCGCCCUCACCGUGCCCGUCGAGCCCAGGAUUCUCGGAUGGAUCCGGCAGCAGCGUCGACCUCCACGGCGUCGACCCUCGCACCGUCUACAUCACCGGACUCAACCCCGACUUUAUCACCACCGACGAAGGGCUUCGCAGGACCGUCGAGCACCUCGGCCACGUGGUGCGGGCCUCGCUGAGCAGGGACGAGUUCGGUGCAUCGCGCGGUGGCGGUGCCGUCGUAUUCUCCACGGAGGACGAGGCCCACCGCGCCGUUGCCUCGCUCAACGGCAAGUUCGUCGACGGGCGUCGCAUCAUGGCCCUCAAGCAGCACAGCUUCGCGUCGAGCCCCGGAGUGUGUGGCGACGGCGGCGGCUGGCCGGGCAACUACGGUCGCGCUGCUUACGGCCACGACGAGCUGCAGAGCCUCGGUAUCGGCCUGCCUGCCUCGAUGCCGCUCAGCGGAGCCGCGCUUCGACCCGCAGGUCCCCUAAGCCCCGCCUCGUGGCAGCAGAUGCAGGCAUCGUCUCCGAUGCCCGCUGGGCUCCCCCAGGAGUAUCCCUCGCGCGCUUUUGAGCACGAAACCGCCUCUUCCCCAGGACCGCUGUCGUACUUCACCGCAGAGGCCAAGUGCUACGGCGCCGGCCGUCCCUUUGCCAGCCAGGAGAGCUUCACGCCCGGUCCCGGCGACUUUGCCCGGGCUGAGCCCGAGUGGCGCACAGCCUUCCAGCCCUUCGGCUCAGACCCAGCGGUCGCCAUCCCUGAGCGCCGAUCGGCCUCCAUGGGUACGCCUCAAGGCUCGCACGCCAUCGGCCAGGCCACGAUCCUCGGUCACUCCCUCGACUCCGCGUCCUUGCUCUCCUCGCUCGGCAGCCGCGGUCCCCUCGGAUCGGGUCCAGCCCACAGCGCACUCGGCGCCAGCCGGGACGAACACCUCGACUGGAUCCAGGGUCUCCCGACCGCAUCGGAGCAGGUCCGCGGGACCGUGUCGGCGGGCCCCUCGUGGACUCCCUCGCGCCCGAGCGUUGCCAGGCACGACGACAGCCCCGGAGACGGCCGCUCGGUUUCGAGCAUCGACUCGGCCGCCUCGAUCCUCAAGACGCCGGAUGCCUUCGAUCCCUUUGGCGACCGAGCCUCGAAUCAGUGGCACAUGGGCUCGAUUGGCCUCGAGGCCGAGUACCAGGCCGGCGCGUCUACGGGGCGCUCCACGCGCGGCGACGAGCUUCGCGAGGGCAGCCUGCCGGUCAUGCCGGAUCUCUGCCCCGACCCAGUCAUCGAUCCGGCGAGGAAGGCGAUCAACCGAAAGUCUCUGCCGCCCGUCGGCCACGAGAAGGUUUCUUCGCCUCCCAAGAGUCAGGAGGCAACGCCGAAAGACACCCAGGCGGAGGCAGCCGACCUGGACCUCGGCUCGCUGAAGCUGGGCGAUUGA